GUUUCGAACAGCUUUGCGACUUCUGGCGAAACGUCGUUGUUGGAUUGAAGUUACGUAAAAAUUUGCCUUUUGCUCUAACAAAUCUCCAAACAUGAGCUUAAAGGCCAAUUACUACGACAAGCCGGAGGGCGAAGACCUCUUCGGCAAGAUGAUCGCCACCAACAAAUACGCAUUGGCCGGUGGUCUCGGUUGGUCCACGGUCGAAGUGAUGAUGGUGUCGAAACCGAAGGGAUAUCUGCCCACCAUUGCCCGGUACAUGUAUUUCACGGGCCCGUUCGUCGGAAUGGCCUCGGCCUUUACCGUCGGUACAUACGCUGCCAACAAGCUGCGCGGUCAGGAUGAUGGCUGGAACUACGUUGCCGGUGCGUUUGCGGCUGGCGGUGUGUACGGUGCCUGGAAGCGAAAUGUCGUCAGUGGGCUGGUAGCCGGUUUAAUUUUCAGUGUUGCGGGCGCUCUCAAGAAGCAAUCGGUGGAUGAGGGCUGGGAAUUUUUCCCCGAUGUAAAGAAUCACGCCGUCAGCGCGAUCAAUCCGAACCGUUACGAUUUCACCUUGACUCAGGAACGCGAACGGGGAUGGACGACCGGCAAGUGAAUGUUGAAAAUGGAUGAAUUCGGUUCCGGUUCCGUUGUAAAGCAUGUUAGGCAAUAAAUACUGUGGAUACUACGGUGCGUGUACAAGGUUUGGUGCGAGAAUUACAAAUCGAGUGAACAAUCUCACAUUCGAACAUAGUCUAUCAAGGAAGAACUAUGUGCAGUACAAGGAAUGAAAAUCAACAACAGUAGAAUAUGGAAUCCUUCGUUUUAGAACAGAAAAUUGAAGCCCGAAAGGAUUUUAAGUUUAUUAUGUGCAAAUUCAAAUACAAUAGAAAUAUACUAUGAGCUA